AUGAGCUUUUCAAUUCAAGGGUCUUUGAUAGAUCCUCAAGGUAACUCGUCUGAACUGUUUGACAAUUCGAAACCUAGAGAAGAGCGAGAUUUAGCUGAGAUAUAUCCAGACUUAGACGAAACAAAACAAUUGAAGGUGUUUGUUUUAAAAGAUGGAGAAGAUGAAGUCAACGAAAGCACCACAACUUCAAAAGUGCAUUUAGAUUUGAAAAAACCAAGAUUCAAAUUAAUAGAUAAUAUAGAUGGCCCCCAAAAUGAAGUUAGGUUUAGUAAAGUAAUCACUGACUACGGGUUUCAAGAGCCAGGUAAAAUCAGCUCUAAAACAAAAGCUGAAACUUAUAUUCGACCUUUCUCUCUUUUGAAUAAUGAGAAAAGCAUAGAGGAAGUUUUGCAAAGGAGUAAGAAGCAAGUCGAGUAUGAUAUGGAUGAACAAGACCAUUUGUAUUUACAACAUCGUAAUCAACAGCUGAAAAAUAUAAUAAAAUUGACGCCAGAAGUGUUCGAAAUCAUGAUAACAACUUUGGAAAACGAAUGGGACAAGCUAGAACUUCGAAUGAAGUCUUUAAAUACUGGUGAUGAUGAAUCAACUAGUAAGUUAUACACUUUAGACGAGGAACAAAGUAAUGACAAAUACGGUAAUGAUGACGGCAUCGUCCAUGGGUCUUUUUACGAGCAAAAAUGUGCCAUAUGUAACGAUAGCGAUUGCGAUAAUUCAAAUGCAAUAGUCUUUUGCGAUGGAUGUGAUAUCGCAGUACACCAAGAAUGUUAUGGUAUUGCAUUUAUUCCUGAAGGUCAAUGGCUAUGUAGAAAGUGCAUGAUCAGUAAAAAUAGGCAAGUUGAUUGUGUCUUUUGUCCAAGCCAUACAGGCGCAUUUAAACAGUUAGACAACAGUUUGUGGAGUCAUGUUGUAUGUGCUCUAUGGAUAAAUGAACUAUAUUUUGCAAACCCUGUUUACAUGGAGCCAAUAGAAGGAGUCGAUUUGAUACCCAAAAGCAGAUGGAAGUUAACUUGUUAUAUAUGUCGGCAGAGAGUUGGCGCUUGUAUUCAAUGCUCGAACAAAAACUGCUUUCAAGCUUACCAUGUUACGUGUGCAAAAAGAGCUGGUCUUUAUAUGCAAUUCACGAGAGGUCUUCAAGGCGCUGUCGCUAAUAAAUCGUCUUUGAGAUCGUAUUGCGACAGGCAUGGCCCAGCUCACUGGGACCAAGGCGAAGUAGUACUUGGUAUUGAAAAAACAAGGCUAUUCUUUCGCGACAUUAAGAUUUUGAACGAUCAAAAUGCAAAAUUAACCAAAAAUCAAAAGAAUGCAAAUAAGCUUAAUAUAUUCAAAUGGAAAACAGAAAAUGAUACUCCUAUUGCACCAAAAUUGUUUAGUGACAUCUUAUUUUCUACUUUAAUAAGCUUGAAAGUUGAGGACCAAUUUAGCUUCUCUGUUCAAUCAAAGCUGGCAAUGUUAAGAGACUUGGGGUAUGUACCUAACCGAUCGAAGGAGCUUGUCUGGGAUGAGAUUAGAGAGAUAAGCAACGAAAUUUGUCGAUACUGGUGUUUGAAACGAGAACUGAAAAAAGGAGCCCCUUUGAUAAGAAAGAACAACAACUUAUUAGGAACUAGUUCAAUUCUAUACGGCAAUAACACCCUUGAUGUCAUAAAUGAUAAAAUUGAGUUUGCAAGCUAUCUAGUCAAGGACCUUUUAAAAGUGAUGGGUUUGUCAGAGCAUACAAUAUCAAGACAAAGAAUUUCACAGGACAUAAAUCAGUUAGACCUUUCCAUGAUAGAUACAGUAUACUUUCCAUUUAAAAAGUAUAUUGAUAUUAUCAUUGCCGAAUUAAAUAUGCGAUAUGAUAAGACUCACGUCAUUAAAAAUUAUAUCCCUAAAAAUCAAAACGUUGUUGGAAUGAAGGAAAUCAUCAAUAGAAAUGCUCAUUACCAAUAUACGUCAAUAGAAGCAUGGAUCGGUGAUAUAAGGGAACUUGAAGCAAUAAUAUUCGAGGAAAAUAAACCUUCGGUGAAUAUAUAUAAGUACUUUAAAAGAUGGAUUAAAGAAUUUAAUUCUCUACAGCACCAGAUGAUAAAAGACCAGGCUAACAUUAAUAAUGAUUUCCAAAACGGGAGACUCCACUUGCCUUUCAUAGAUACUUCCAACGAAAGCUUCUCGUUCCGGGAAUAUUACCCUGGAAAGGUGUUGCAGGAGAACGAUCUCAGCGAAGUGGAAGACUUUCCUAAUCCGGAAGAAGACAACCGUGAACUUCAGCUGUUCCUCACAAAUCGUUUUUCUUGA